AAAUUUCCAUCUAACUUUGCGACUUCGCAUUCUUCCCUAGCACGUCAGAAUGGCUUCGAAUGAUAUUGACGCCGAGGCGCUCGUUCACUCCGAUGAUCCGAGCCACCCAGCAAACCACAUUUGCACGCUCUGCGCAAAGUUUUACAACUUGGGCUGGGUGACUGGUACUGGUGGAGGAACAAGUAUACGCCAUGAAGACAAGAUUUACAUUGCGCCCAGCGGCGUACAGAAAGAGCUUAUGAAGCCUACCGACAUGUUUGUGAUGGACUUCAACAGCAAAGAAUACCUGAGAAAGCCACAGGUCCUCAAACCUUCUGCCUGCACCCCGCUCUUCCUUGCAGCUUUCGAGCGCGGCGCCGGUUGCUGCAUCCAUACACAUUCGCAAUGGGCCGUCCUCGUAACCCUCAUCGUCGAGCGCGACUUUGGCAAAGACGCCUGCUUCGAAAUCGAAGAGAUUGAGCAAAUUAAAGGCAUACCAAAAGGGCGAGGCAAGCAGGGUAACCUAGGCUAUUACGACCGGCUACGCAUACCCAUCAUCGAGAAUACGGCGCAUGAAGAGGAUCUGAGGGAAAGCUUGGAGGAGGCCAUGGAGAAGUACCCAGAUUCUUACGCGAUCUUGGUCAAGAGACAUGGUAUCUAUGUCUGGGGUGACAAUGUACACAAGGCGAAGACACAAUGUGAGAGUAUUGACUAUAUUCUACAACUUGCAGUUGAGAUGAAGAAGCUAGGUUUGCCAUGGACAAAAUGAGGAUAUAGGAAGUUAAGGUAGACUAUAUACAUACUCAUUCGACACACAGAUGAUAAACUCAUAUGCACUGGUUUGCAGGCGGUUGGAGGUGUGCCAAACAACUGCUUGGUAAUUGUAACCAUCAAAUUCCA